AUGCGGUGUGUCCUGAUCGCCAGCACUGCGGCCGAGCUGCUCUUCUACUGGGCCGAUGCCGCUUUCCUACGCCGGCUGCGGACGCCCCACGGCCCGGCGCUGGAGGACAGCCUCAACACCCUCUUCGCCCCCCUCAUCAUCUCCUGCGCGGCACUGCUGGAGAAGCUUGCUGACACCUACACCUGCUUCACCACCGAGCAUGAGCAGCACCUCCACGUUCUGCACAUGUUUGGGGACUGCCUGUACAUCGCGGUGAAUGGUGACGGAACAGAGAGUGAGGACGACCUGCGCCGGACGCUCUUUGUGCUGCGGCGCAUGGUGGAGGCUCACUACGGUCUGGUUGCGCUUGACUCCCACCUGGUCCGCAAGGAGUUGCGUCCAGCUGAUUCGGAGCAGCGGGAACGUGUCUGGAGCCUGCUGCGAGGCCUGCUGGAGACCUACAGCCACCUGCGGGAGGAGGACCAGAGCUUUGCAGUGGAGGCUGUGGAGCGGCUGAUCCACCCUCAGCUGUGUGAGCAGUGCAUCGAGUUCCUGGAGCGGCAGGUGGUGCAGUACAUCAACACCAGCCCUGAGCGUGGUGGGGAUGAGGUGGGCCAUGCCUUUCUCCUGGUACAUACCAAGCUGCUGGCCUUCUACUCCAGCCGCAAUGCCAGCUCCAUCCGCCCUGCCGACCUGCUCGUCCUCAUCCUCCUGGUGCAGGACCUGUACCCCAGCCAGAAUGCUGAGGAAGAGCUUGGCCCUCAGGACACAGACGAUCAGUCUGUGUCAGAGGUUUACUACACACCUGAGCCUUCGCCAGGGAAGCACAGCACAGCAUCUUCCCUGUCUCUCCAGAUAGCAGAGGACUUGCUGCAGACCUUGGGGCCUCUUGUCCCUGAAGCUUCAAACCCACGAAGAAUCUUCCUGGAUGCCAACCUGCGGGAAGGUUACUGCCCCUUGCUGCCACACACCAUGCACUGCCUCCCGCUCUGGCCAGGCAUCUCCCUUGUCCUCCUGACCAAGGGCCCCACAACCCAGGUGGCCAUCACUUUGUACCAGCUGCUGGAUGGUUUCUUGGUGCUGGAGAGGAAGCUGGAAGAGGGGCCAGAAGCAGGAUCCCCACGCUCCUACCCAUUCCUAGCAGAGCUUCGGCAGCGCAUGGACAAAUUUGUGAAGAAACUGAGUGGGCAGGACAUUCAGAACUCCUGGGCAGACUUCAAGAACAAGAUAUUUUCCCGGAGUGAACCUAGAAACUCCCUGGAGCUGCUGCAGGCAGUGACCAACGUGAAGCGUCAGCUCUGCUCUGUGUACCGCCGCCUCUUCCUGGCCUCCCCCAGCCACAGCCUGUCCCAGGGGCUGCGGGCCCGCGUGCAGAAGCUCAUGAGGGAGAAGCUGCUGGACUGGAGGGACUUCCUGCUGGUGAAGAGCAGGCGCAAUAUCACCAUGGUGUCGUACCUGGAGGACUUUCCUGGCCUGGUGCACUUUAUCUAUGUGGACCGCACAGCUGGGCAGAUGAUGGCACCGUCACUCACCGUGACAGAGAAGUCCAGCUCAGAGCUAGGCAAGGGACCCCUGGCCACCUUCAUCAAGAGGAAGGUCUGGUCCCUGAUUGCAUUGGCCCGGCGAUAUCUACAGAAGGGCUACACGACACUCAUGGUGCAGGAUGGUGACUACUGCUGCUCCUACUUCCUCUGGUUUGAGAAUGAGCUGGGCUACAAGCUGGAAGUGAUAGAGGUGCCAGUUCUCUCCGAUGAUUCUGCUCCCAUUGGGAUGCUGGCAGUAGACUACUACAGGAAGCUGCUGCGUUACUACAGCAAGAACCACCAGGCAGAGAUGGUGAAGUGCUAUGAGCUGCUGACUGUACACUUGGGUAUCAUCCCCUCCGAGCUUGUGGUCCAGCAGGCCUGUGACUUAGCCCGGCGCCUCUGGGAGCCCUCCCGCAUCCCUCUGCUCUGA